AUGACCAGCGGGGAAGAUAACAAGGAGGAAAAUAUCCUUGAAAAUUCGUCUCCGGAACAGUCCUCGAAACAGACGUCGACUCCUUCUGCCGAACCCGAGCUCGAUGACUUUGGCCUGCCCAAAAAGCCGGUGAGAGCAAACCGACCCACAGAGUUGGACGGCGACAGUGAGGAUGACCACGACACUUUCCAUGAUGCGGAGGCGUCUACGGACAAAGACGGCGCCAGUGAGGGGGACUCCAAACAGGCUCCGUGCGAGCCACAGCAGACGGCGAAGGACCAUACAGAAUUAGUGGACAAAACCAACGGACAAUCGUCUCCAGAUGUCGCGCCUACAACAUCAGAUGGAGAUCCAAGAGGCACAGAAAUGAAGGAAAACAAAAAGGAUCAAGUCCCUGGCCAAGGACCAAGUCCGGAGACCGAGGCCGCAGAUAAUCUUCCACCUUUAGACACGGCAUUGAAGUCGGAGGCUCGGCAGGAUGAACAAACAGACGAUGAAAUAAUAUCCCCGACGGCAUCUCGAAUAUCUGGCACUGUUAUCCCAAAGCGUAAUCCACGAGCCAAUCCCGUCACAGCCUCCGAAUGGUCUCACCAAAGACAGAUUGCCACUGCGAACCGAUCGGAUGACGAAGACGAGGAGGAAGAAUGGCAGCCGAUGCCGGCGAUUGACGAGUUUGAUAUCUUCGAUGAUGAUGGACAUCUGGUGGCGAAAGGUCACAGGGCAAGCGAAGCCGAUGCCAAUCCCUACGCUGGCAUUGGAGGCGCAGGAAAGGGGUAUACAAGGGUGCAGCUCGACGAAGAUGCACAAUCGGCUACAAGUCUCGACGAAGACACAAACUAUCUAUUCCGGAAUGGCCAGAAGACGGAAGACGUGGACACCAAGGAUGAUCAGGAUGAUGAGCUGCGGGACCCUCUCAGUCAGCUGCAGGCGACCAAAGAUCUCCUUACAGAGGGCCAGCGGAUAGCCUACGUCGGUGUGGUCCGUUUGACAAUCCACAAAAUGUUUUCAGCAUUGGGCGACAUGGAGAAAACAAAGGCCUUCCGGAAAGAAUUGAUGAGGGCUCUGGAGAGCAUGGAUAUGUGGGGACAGAAGAUGAUGGUUCGGCUAUAUACUCACAUGGACAUCAACCAGGCCGAACAGAUAAUGAUUGAACAACUUGCUGAGCACGGGGUCCAGCCCUCUGACCUCGUUGCUCCUCUCAUGCUGAAUGCGAAAGUAAAGAAUCCUCUGGCGGAUGACACUGCGACCGAGGCUUCGAGGCCAGACCUCUCACGAAACCGAGAUUCAAAAGCUUCUGCAUCCUCCUCAAAAGAGGAUCAUAUCCCUUUGAAAGAGGUCAAGGAGGGCGAAGAAGUUCCUGAAGUCCACGGGCCCGAAGACAUGCCUCACACCAAGGAGAUUGAGCUCGACUUGCGGUGGACUGUCCUCUGUGACUUGUUCCUGGUUCUGAUCUCGGAUGGCCAGUAUGACGCUCGAUCGAGACGACUACUUGAACGGGUCGGUUCGACAAUGGAUAUUAGCUGGACUCAGAUAUGUCGAUUUGAAAAGAGGGUUAUUGAUGCUCUAGAAAUGCAAGAAGAAGAAGCCAAGGAGAACUGGGACGAAUCUGAACACAUGGAGAAACGACGUAAACGCGGUCUAAGAAAGAAAUACAUGGUCAUGGGUCUUGCGACCGUUGGCGGCGGUCUUGUCAUCGGUCUGUCAGCCGGUCUCCUUGCACCCCUCAUUGGCGCCGGUCUGGCAGCUGGUUUCACAACAAUUGGUGUCACCGGUACCGCAGGAUUUCUAGGAGGGGUGGGUGGAGCGGCUCUGAUCACUUCUGCUGCCACAGCAGCCGGUGGGACGAUUGCUGUUCGAGCUGCAGACCGACGGACGGGCAGCGUGAAGACGUUUGAAUACCGACCACUGCACAAUAAUAAAAGGCUGAACCUUAUCUUGACGAUCUCGGGCUGGAUGACAGGCAAGGUGGACGAUGUCCGCUUGCCUUAUAGCACCGUUGAUCCUAUCAUGGGCGACAUCUACUCCUUGCUUUGGGAACCGGAAAUGCUUCAGUCGAUGGGUGACACUAUCAAUAUCCUCGCCACUGAAGCUUUGACCCAAACCGUUCAGCAAGUCCUUGGAAGCACGAUAUUAAUCACUCUAAUGGCAUCAAUACAGCUGCCGGUUGUGCUUACCAAAUUGGCUUAUCUCAUUGACAAUCCAUGGAGCGUGUCACUGGACCGAGCUACCGCAGCCGGUCUUAUCUUGGCCGACUCGUUGAUUGACAGGCAUCUUGGGCAACGACCGAUCACUCUGCUGGGCUUUUCCCUCGGUGCGAGGGUCAUCUUUUCGUGUCUAAAGGAGCUGUCAAACCGUGGAGCAUACGGCUUGGUCCAGAAUGUUUACAUGUUCGGCUCACCCGUGGUUGUCAGCAAGGAUGACUACCUACGAGCUCGUUCCGUGGUUUCAGGGAGAUUCUUGAAUGGAUAUGCCUCCAACGACUGGAUUCUCGGCUAUCUUUUUCGGAUGACGUCCGGUGGCAUCAUGCGAGUUGCUGGGCUUGCGCCGGUCGAAGGCAUUCCGGGCGUGGAAAAUGUGAAUGUCAGCACAUGGGUUAAGGGCCACAUGUCUUAUCGUGCUGCUAUGCCACGGCUAUUGCGAGAAGUUGGGUGGGAAGUCGAAAGCGACGAGUUCACCGAGAUCGAAGAUCCGGAUCCUGAAAAUCACGCGGAACGACAGCGAGAACUUAUACUCGAAAUUGACGAGGCCAGAAGGAAAGCUGAAGAGAAACCCGACAAGAAACGUUUCGGCAUUUUCAAACGAGGUAAACUGGCUGAGAAAAAGGGAUGGGAGAGAUAUAAUGCAAACGAUGCCGGCCACAAGCGGAACGCCAGUAACACUCCAGAGCCCGGUAUCAACGGCGAUGCCAACGUUCUGUUUGACGUUGAUGCUAUUCGAAGAGAAUUGGCGGGCGAAAUGAUCGAAGUCAGAGAGUUGGACAGCACCCUGCCUCCCAUGCAAAUAAUGUCGGUCAACAAGGACGGGGAGAAGCACGUCGAAUAUUUACGCCUUCCGCCUGGGAUGAAGCCCGAGGAACUUGAAAGGCUGAAUCUCCCACCACGUCCCGACGAGAUUGAUGUUUCUUUCGCCCCUAUACAGCAGCCUACGCCGAUUCGGCCUGCAAGGUCAUCAUCUUUGAAGCCCGCCUCAAUAGCAAGCCCUCAACGGUCCCCCCGUAUCAGCCCUCAAAGAUCUCCCCAACGCUCUCCUCAACGAUCUCCGGACCCGAACAGGCGGUUGUCCUACGCCUAUUCAGAGCCAAGGGAACUACCAAGCACACUGCCAGCGCUCCGCGCUACGCCUUCUGCAUCUCCCAGACCGGAAAGUUACAAUCCAUCCACGGAUCCCAUCCGACCGGAACUGAAGCCACAUGCAACAGACCCCUCUGUCCCGAGCUGGGGUCGACCUUCGUCAGCAUACGAUGAUGCAGUUGUUCCGCCGGUGCCGAAGCUCGAUUUGGAACGCAACGCCUGGGCCGACGAUGACGAUGAGUUUGGGCGAGACCGUGGCGAGAUCAGCAUGACCUUCGAAUGA